GUAAAGUGUGAUAAAUACAUCCCCGGACAUCGUUGUUUCGAUGAAGUGAGAUAAAAUUGACGCCAUCGCCAUUUUACGGAUGGAAUGCCAACGAAGAUUGAUAAGAUAAUGAUCAUAUUGAUUGAAUCAUAUUGAUGGUGUUUACUGUUUAGCUGUCGACGUGAUUCCUAACCCGCCGAAUCCUUGAACUUUCAAAAAGUUUCAAAUCGAAAACUUAUCAUAAUGACUAGUGUAACUACAAAGGACAGAGAAUUUACAAUUCAAUUCAUAAAACAUUACAAAUUGCUGCCGGCGAUAUGGAACUCGAAAUGCGAAAGUUACCGUGAUCAUAGUGUGAAGACGAAAUGUUAUAUGGUAUUGUUAAAGAAAUACAGAGAGCAUUAUCCAACGGCAAGUUUGCGCGAUAUGAAAAGAAAAUUGAACUCACUGAGGUCGAAUUUCAGAAAAUAUAAUGUUAAGCAAAAGCCAGGGGAUCCUCCGCCGAAUUUGUACUGGUAUAAUGAGAUGAAAUUUGUCCUGGGGUCCGAGGAGGUGGAAAACGAAAUUGAUGUUGAUGCAACUUAUGAUGAGCUGAAAUGUGAAGAAAUGGAAAUUAGUGUGGCCGAUUCCUUUGAUGACCAAGAAGAAGACCAUUUGGAAGACGUGGAACACUUAGAAAUACCAGAAAGCGACAUAAACUACUGGCAAAAUGACAAUCCAAGCCCGCCACCACUGCGUGUCUCGAAAACCUCAGAAAAAUCAACACCGAAAUUAAUUUAUCGCACCACCGCACCAAACCAAUCACAGUCACAGCAAACAAGUGUGCUACAAACUUCUAUAGUGCAUGAUGAUGAUGAGUUUGACUUGUGGGGAAAAGUGAUGGCUACGGAACUGAGAAAGUUGAAUGCGAGACAGCAGAUCUUUGCGAAGAAAGCCAUUACGGACGUCUUGUUGGAAGGGCAGUUGGGAUUGUUGAAAAGGAACUCUGUACAGAUAAAUAAAGCUGACGGACAUGGUACUGAAAUAUGAGAUUUAUUUUAUGUUGUUACUUUUGUGUUUAUCCAUCAGAAUUAACAAAACCGGCCAAGUGCGAGUCGGACUCGAGCACGAAGAGUUCCGUACAAUCACGCAAAAAACGGCUU